AUGGCACAAUCAGAGAUCCCCUCUAAAGCAACCACCCAAACAAAAAAUAGCACAGCAGACUGCAGAGACAUGAUUAUGAAGAGCAUUCUUGCAGGGAAAAAGCUUCUUAAAAAGAGCGAAAAAACAUGGCCUAACUCUGCAGCCAGAAACGGACCAGUCGAGGAAACUAAAAUAGAAAAUAAAAAAAGUGCCCAUUCAGAGGAGGGGCAAGGCGUCUGCGCCAUGUCCAGGAUAAUAGGCAUACUUGGCAGAGAUAGAAAAAACUGGCAAUACAUAUCAGAGCAGCCAAUUUUUCCAAAAAACACAGAGAACAGAAUAGUUGAUAAAAGAAGGCCUGGCCUCAAGAAGAAGUAUAUUAAAUACGUUAAGUACACAGAACGGCCAGACACACACACAUCCAGGCAGAAGGAGAGCGAGUUGUGCGCAAUCUGCCUAAACAAGUACAUAUCCAUCAAUAUUUGUGGGAUUCUAAAAUGCAAUCAUAUUUUCCAUAAAACAUGCAUUAAUUCGUAUAUUUCAGUCGCAGGGCACUGCCCAAUAUGCAGAAGAGAUAUAAUCAGUGGUGUGAUAAACUAG